GGUACUAGUCUGAUUUGUGAGGUUAAACCGGAUAAGACCAGUCUCUUUAUCCAAAGCCUUGCGACUUGCGAAGAAAAAAAUAAAAAAAUGGCAGCUUCGUUAUCUGCGUUUUCAUGUUCAUCGCCACCAUGGAUGUCGACGCGAAUCGUACAAGCUCCUCGUGGUGCAUCAGCCUCUUUGUCUCUGUUCACUGGUUCAAGACCAAGAACUAAUUUCUCAAUGAAUGUAAUCAGCAACUCCGCUGCUCGCUCUGGACUGCUUCACUGCUCUUUUCUGUCUUCUUCUCUCUCAUCACCUUCUUCCUUCUCAGGUUUAUCCUUGGGAUUGGAUUUAAAUUCUAAUGCUGAGGUAAGAAAGCAGAGAGGCUAUGGCCUAGUGGUGAGAGCUGGCAAAGCUGCUCUUUGUCAAACUAAGAGGAACAGGUCCCGGAAGUCUCUGGCCCGGACUCAUGGUUUUCGUCGACGGAUGAGCACCACUAGUGGGAGGGCAGUGUUGAAACGUCGACGUGCCAAGGGACGUCGGGUCCUUUGCACCAAGUCCCACCCCAAUUCAGGAAAGUGACUGUUCCUCCAUUCAAUAGAGUAGGUGCAUAUGAUGAAAUUUAAUGGUUCCAUCUGAUUGUUUUGUACACUUGAUAACUUUGCAAGCCUGUGUUUAAUGAUGCCGUUCUAUUCUUAUUUUUCUGUUUGUACAACAUUAUGUAGAUCAAUUCUGGCUGUCUCUGUUUUUUUCUGUUGUCCAUGGUUGCAACUUAAUGUUUAGAAUCUGAUUUUUUUUACUGGAAUAGAGGAUAUUCAUAGUCGAUGCCAUUCUUUA